GUUGCUGUGAUUAUCAUCUUUUCCUUAUCCUCAUUUGAUCCUUUAUCUGAUAUCUUUCUCAAAUCAUCUCUCUGAUAUCUCCCUUACCUGGCUGUGAAGGCAGUCUCUCUAAGGUAAGGAUUUCUUCUAAGCUCAUCAUAGAUAGAUGGACUAAGACAAUAUAGUCAACUCCUUCUAGGAGACCUGACUGUAGGUAUUCUGAGAUUGAAUACCCUAGGGGCAGCAUGCCUCGUAAACAACACUUUCAUCACCAGACAAGGCUGGUAACAGUCAGGUCGGCUGUCUGUGAUGAAUGUGGUCAACGCACCAUAGAUUUGCAUAUUCGCUGCCUGGACUGUGGUAUCCAGCUUUGUCUCGACUGCAUGAGAAAGGAACCAGGCGGUGUCGCAGCUGAAGUAUCCGCCCGCGAGACUGCCCAGAAGGAUGCCGGCGAUGAAAAAGCCACUGAUAAAAAGACAUCCAAGAAGACCGAAGAAAGCGGCGCUACCAAAGACGACACUACCGGCAAUAGCGUGUCGGACUCUGAGUCUUUGCUAAGCAGCGAGCCUACCACAUCGCCUGCUGCAAAGAAUGAAACAACAACCAAGAUGGCUGCCACACGUUUGACUCGUGGUAGUACUCAGCGAGCCACUCGGACUAACCCUCCACGCCAGACCAGAGGCGGAGGUAAAAAGAAAAUGCCAGCCCCGAAGCAGCAACGCAAACAGCCUGCCAAGUCAAAGAAGCAGGACGAAGAAGAAGAGAGAGACAUUGAAAGCAAGGAAGUCGAAGAAGUCAAAGAGUCCAAAGGCGACAGAGAGAAGAGCGAUGGCCACGAAAGCGACCACAGCAGUGACUCAACCAUCCUAGAUCCAUCCAUGUGGAAAGACGGACAGAUGAUCGAUACCACCAUGACUGACAUCGAUGUCAAGGCGACAGACACUGAAAUGACCGAUGCCAGCAGUACAAAAGUCGAUACCGAAGCUCAGGAGGCCGCAAAUAUUCUGCUAUCGAUCCGCAAGGAAGCUGACUCCAUCCUUGAAAGAAUAGAAAGACUGGAAAAGGCUGGUUCCCAUGAAGCCUCCCCUCGUCCUCAACUCCCUCCCAUAUAUGACCCUAGACUCCCCGAUCCAUUCCACUCGGAGUCGGAUCGUGCUUUCACUAUGCCCUGGUUGCCGAAGAAUCAGCCGGACAGAGAACCUCACUGGACCGAGAUGCUGGGCCAUGUACCCCAUCUCCCAAAGUCAAUGUCCUACACCCAAGGCCGUGCCAAUUCCGUCCCCGGCAGAGAAGCAGGACACUAUUUGCCUGGACCCUGGCUUGGCUCGCAUCGCCCGGCUGGUUCCUUUGUUGGUGCACAGGGGCAUGCGCCUCAUUCCCAGCCGCUUUCCUCCCACGCCCAGAACCAAAUCAUGUUUUUUUCUGACCAGAAUGGCUAUCAUGAAGGCAUGUCGGAUCGCAUGUAUGCCGCCAUGCAGAACUCCUACCUGUCUCAACGCCAGGAUAUGGCCAUGGCCGAUGCUUCCAAGGUGCGAUUCGAGUAUCUCAUUCCUGGCAUGCCUGGAUGGGGGGAGCACCACUACCAGCAACAGAGGCUUCCAGUUCGGGGCCAGGAUGCGGGAAAUUUUAACAACAUGCACGCCGAAUACAACACUCAGGGCCAGUGGCCUGGUCGCUCGCAGCAGAUGGGGAGCUUUCAAGGCCAGGAAAUGCCCGGCGCCGCCCAGAUGCGUGCAGAGUAUCAUGCUCCUGGUUAUUCAGUUUCUCGCAUGCGACCAAUGCCUCCCGUUUCGAGCCACGCCAUGCCCGGUACUAGCCAGUUGUAUGCUCAGCAGACAACUCAGAGUCGUGUGCCUCCUCGCACACAGCAAGUGCCUUCUGGUAUGGGCCAGGCAAAUUCUGGUGGCGAAUAUUCGGACCCCAGCAAGGCCUGGUCAUAUCGUGGGCAGACUCAUCCGCCGAAGGACACACCCUCCAUCCACGGUCAGGUUCAUGUCGGCCAGGAGCAGACCGGUUUCCAGGGAAACAUGCAAAGCUAUUGGGCUCCUCGCAUGCCAGUCCAGUCCCCUUCAUUCGAUAUCUUGUCGCUCCAUCCUAACAGGGUUACCGAGCUGGGCAAAUACCAGGAAUUGGCUGCCGGUCACUGGCCUCUGAACCAGCCCCAGUCAAGCGGUGGACGGCCGGGCUUUGAACCAAACAGACAGGGUCGUGCGCCUCCUCCGGCUCGUCGUCGCAGCAUGUCCCCCAUCCGGAACCAGGCAGCAGUCGGCUCUGACCGCUCGCGCCCUCAGGAAAAUACACAGGGUCAAGCAUCUUCCAUCAACUGGAACGAACGCAUCUUCGAGGGGCCCAAAAACAAGCCAAAGGACACGCAUUAA